UUCCAGCCAACUGCGCUUCACCUUCCCUCAGUUCUGCCCUCUUCUCUCUCGGUGAAAGGCUCGAUCGCUCCUACCAAGCCAUUGCACAGGCUAUCUAUACCAUUCCUCCAAUCGGUGAACUACCUGUCGCCUUGUUGUCCGUCUCCGAAUCCCUGCAGCCUGCAGUGACAGCGAUCUUAUACACAUACAUCCAGAAUGGCAUCCAGGAAAAAGGUUCUUCUCAAGGUUAUCAUCCUCGGCGACAGCGGGGUUGGCAAGACGAGUUUGAUGAACCAAUAUGUCAAUAAGAAGUUCAGCGCAAGCUAUAAGGCAACUAUCGGUGCCGAUUUCCUCACCAAAGAGGUGCUCGUAGACGAUCGAUUAGUGACGAUGCAGCUUUGGGACACUGCCGGCCAGGAGCGUUUCCAGUCAUUAGGCGUUGCAUUCUAUCGCGGCGCGGACUGCUGCGUUCUCGUAUACGAUGUUAACAACUCCAAGAGCUUCGACACUUUGGACAGCUGGAGAGACGAAUUCCUGGUGCAAGCCAGUCCGAUGGACCCAGAAAGCUUCCCUUUCGUCGUUAUCGGAAACAAGAUCGACGUCGAAGAGAGCAAACGAAUGAUCUCGUCCAAGCGCGCUAUGACUUUCUGUCAGUCCAAAGGCGGCAUUCCUUACUUUGAGACGAGUGCAAAAGAAGCAAUCAAUGUUGAGCAAGCGUUCGAGGUAAUCGCGAGGCAAGCGUUGGCGCAAGAGGAGGUGGGAGACUUCAACUCCGACUUUCCCGAGACGAUCCCUAUAGAUCUCAAGGGUGAACAGUCUGGUUGCGGGUGCUAGUUGGGUUGUUGGUGCCGGCGAAGCGCAGAUAGCUCACUAGUUCUCCUGUCUGAUUGUCUUCGUCUAGUCCCUGCUGUGUUUGUCUCUUUUCAUGUAUGGAGUUGGGUGUUUUGGUGCCAUGCAU